AUGUCUGCUUUUAUAAGUAUUUGUACCGAAGAUUCCCACUCUUAUCGUCGUAGUAAUUUUUCGUCACCACCACGCCCUCUUCACUCCUUAUUAGACGAUGAGGCAUCGAUUUCGAGACCGCGUCCGUCGUUAUCCGAACGUCUAGGUUUAAAAAAUGAUGAUUCAGACGAAAAUGAAGAUGAAUCAACACCGUAUUCGCCAUCACAUCCGAUAACAAAAAAUUCUCAGUCUCUAUCUGUGCCAUCAUUAUCAUCAUCCUCUUUUGUUAACGAUCCAAAGCAAGAGCCAAUACAUUCAUCUUUAAAUGAUAGAAUAAUUCGUAAUCCUCAAUUAUCUUUAUUAGAGUCAACAUUAUCUGUGUCGUCUGUUGACAGAAAAUCAAUAAUGGACUUGUUGGGCGAUCAUACUAGUGAAGAUGAAGAAGAAGGAACAGCUGAUGAUGAAAAUCAACCCUAUAGUCCAUCACAAUUAGAUUCUACAACAAUGGAACAAGUGAGUCAUCAGUUAAGAAUAAAACCAUCUCAACAGCACUCACAGCAACAAGUUUACGUUCCAUCGUCUACGCAUUCUUCCGUUACGCCUCUCUCUACUGUUAAUAGUACUAAUAAUACAACCGUUACUAAUGGGGCACUGCAUCAAUCAGAAGUCAACAACGAUAUUGAUUACCGAGAACCAACGACAUCAAAUUCAAACACGCGACACCAUCAUCAUAACAGGCAUCAUCAUCACAAACAUCAUCAGAAAAAAAAUGAUGAAACGCAUGAAAACCAGAAUAGGUAAGUAAUUUGCUCGAUGUUUUGAGAGUGUGAGUGAAAAUAGAGAGACUUA